AUGGCCAUGUACGUAACAGGGGUUGCCGGUGUAGCCGUAUUUUACUUGUUGGUUCUUGGUGUCGGGGCCUGGGCUGCGGCCGCGAAACGAAGGAACUCCCAAAGAUGUCAGGAUGAUUUGAUAUUGGCAAAUCGAGGAUUGGGACUAUGCCUUGGAAUUUUCACCAUGAUCGCAACCUGGGUCGGGGGAGCAUUUAUCAAUGGAACUGCAGAGGCGAUGUAUACAAGAGGUUUGGCCUGGUGUCAAGUACCCAUAGGGUACAGUCUUAGUUUACUAUUUGGUGCGGUGCUAUUCGUUAAGCAAAUGCGAAGAGCAGAGUACGUGACGAUGCUGGAUCCUUUCCAGCGUUUAUACGGAGCCCGGGUUGGAGCACUCCUUUUCCUGCCAGCUCUUCUUGGGGAUCUUUUUUGGUGUGGCGCCGUUUUACGAGCUCUCGGUGGUUCCCUGUCCAUCGUUGCAGGGAUCGACCAGAACAUCAGCAUCUGUGCGUCCGCUUUGCUCGCUGCAACGUACACAGUUUUUGGAGGAUGGUAUUCUGUGGCACUCACCGAUGCUUUACUGCUGGGGUGCAUAGCAAUUGGCCUCUCCGUAGUGACACCGUUCGCAGUUCUGCAUCCAGCAGUUUCUCUGGAGAAGAAUCUAAGUCAAAAAGAUUGGCUAGGAGAAAUUCGAAAAGAGGAUUUCGGCGAGUGGGCUGACGGGAUGUUGCUUCUGAUAUUCGGCGGCAUACCUUGGCAGAGUUAUUUUCAACGAAUUCUCAGCGUGAAGAGCACCUCCAUCGCCAGGGUGCUUUCCAUCACUUCUAUGUUCGGAUGUAUCAUCUUAGCUGUACCAUCUGCACUAUUGGGAGUGGUUGGUAGAGCGACCGAUUGGUAUUUCGUUACUGGCUAUAAUAGAACACUUGCCAUCGAAGAUGGAAGUGUGAUUUUGCCCUUGGUUCUCAGAGAGCUAACUCCCCAGUGGGUGUCUUUUGUCGGACUAAGCGCGAUCUCGGCAGCGGUCAUGUCUUCCGCAGAUUCGAGCAUAUUGGCCAGCAGUUCCAUGUUCACAAGAAAUAUUUACAGACAAACGAUAAGACCUAAAGCUUCGGAAAGAGAGCUGGACUGGGUACUUAGGAUUACUAUAAUCGCGAUCGCUAUUCUUUCGACUGUAGUAGCUUUGACUGUCAGAAGUGUCUGCUACUUAUCAUACUUAUGUUCUGACAUGGUGUACGUCGUCCUAUUUCCUCAACUUGUAUCAAUAAUUUAUUGGCCUUCUGCGGUUGAUGCUUAUGGAUGUUUAGCCGGCUACCUUAUGGCUACUGUUUUACGCGUUGCUGGUGGCGAGAAAUCUCUUGGAAUCCCCACUCUGAUAGAGUUUCCCUUUUACGACCACGAAUCGAAAAUGCAAAAGUUCCCGUUUCGUACAUGCAUAAUGAUAGGAGCUCUCCUUACGCAAUUACUAGUAAGCACUUUCACAAGGAACGUCUUGGGAAGAGGAUAUCUGCCAAAGUGCACCGAUGUCCUGGGAAUUUAUUCUUCAGGAAUUCCGAAAGACCGCACUGGGGUGAUACAAAGCAGCUCAGGUGCUGCAUUGUUGGACGAUGCAGUGAACGAAACAACAGCAGGGGCUUUAGAGGCGGAAAGAGACGGAACAGGCGAUGGAGAAUUGCCAACGAAACGUUUCGAAACAUCCAGUGGAUUCUGCGAUGUAGCCAGAGCCGUGGGCUCCGAUACAUUUGCGAGAAAUGCUAAUCAGGGUACUAGAACAUUGCGUAGUUCUCAGAAAUCUUCGCAGCCUCCGGUGCAAUUGCAAAAUCGGCGAGUCGAGGGCUCGCACCCUGUCGAGGACGUUAUCAGUCCUCGAGCAACCCCUGUCCCAGGUGCGAGAGACCUCACGGUCUCAUUUGGGCAGGUUUCCUCGCAAAACAGUUAUGGGAUGAACGGAGGAACCGUACCUCAUGUUUCGAUGACAGCAUUGACACCUGUGACAGCGACUUCACCGAUAACGGCGACUCCGAUUGCCACUCCGGGAGGAUAUCCACCUUACGCCAGACUCUCUGCCACCCAAAAAACCGAGAAAAUGGUCGAAAGAAGCAACAUGGAAUUGAAACUGAACACCCAAGAGGGUGUCAUUCUGAAAAAGAACGUCAAAGGUGUAAAACUAGUCGGUAUGGAGGGAGGCACACUCAGGAGACCGUCUUUGCAGGGAACUUUCUCACCGACGCCUUCGGUCGAGCUAGUGCACAUCCUUGACAGAAGACAAAGUAAUGGAUCUUAUGGACCCAGCUCCUUAUCACCUGUACCAGGUGUAGAGGCAUGUAAAACUCAUGGGACCGCUGUGGGUGGAGUGGUAGGGAACGAGCAUUGCAGCAUCAAAAGAGGAAUCGUUAGGCAUCACAGCUUUAACGAAACAGGAGAUAGAGCUUUGACGACACUUGCUAGGCAGCCCACUUAUCCAUCAAUGCCUUUGCGUACAGAAGACUAUCGCAUGACUUUGGCAAGAAGAGAUAAAAGACCAAACGUUCCUGGUCGGCACUCCUCGGCAGUGGAAGAAACGAUACCUACCGGAUUCGUCAGUAUCGUGUCCAGUCCGACUUUUCAUCCAUCCAUAGUAAAGAACUGUAAUUUCCUAGUGGCGGACGACGAGGCGGUCAGUCGAUUUUAGAGCAAAUCGGCAUUAUCGAAAGAUCAAAGAGGAAGAAUGAACGAAUAACUAAAUUCUGCCUGGGGAUAACAAUACAUAUUCCGUCAUGACUGUACGAAUAGCGGGCCAUUUGCAAUAAGAAGUAGACAAACCGUAUGCAAUUGGAAAGUAAUUGCAAUACGCGUCAUACUCUUGACUGUUCAUUACUUUCAAGCAGGGAAAUGAAAUAUGUGCGAAAAUGUUUCUACGCACAGAUUCAUCGUCAAACAUUGGCACGAGAGAAGAAAAAUGAAGAAACAGAAGUCUGUUAGUCGACGCUCUUCCUUACUCGAAAGGAACAGAGAAACCAGAGUUGGAUCAGUGCUAAG